AUGUCUCGAGCAAUGAUUGAGCCAACAGCAACAACGACCACCACAAACGAUCGUAAUACCCACCAUUCUUUACUUGUGGACAUUCUCACAUCACAGAGCAAUAAUGAAGCUAACAUCAAUCACCAAAGAUCGACAACCGUGACGUCGACUCCUCCUACCAUUGAUCCGUCUUUACAUCCACAAGAACAAGAACAACAAGAACAACAACAACGAGAAGAACCAAUUCUUCAAGUCAUUCUUCUUGGUGAUCGAAAUCACAUCAUCAAACCAGCAAUUUUAAGCACACAACUUUUGGAAAACGAUGCUUCCUUUAUUGAAUGUUCUGAAAAUGGAAACAAUCUUUCUUCUCGCAGUUCAAAUCCAUCAUCACAAAGUGAGCAUCAAGGAACAAAGCUUGAUUCGCACAAUUCAACAACACGUCGACCUUAUCAUCAUCAUCGAGGAACCUUUCAAGUCUUGGGAUCUGCAGGAGAACCAAAUCGGGUAAAUUCCAAUACGUCACUUGAUUCCAAUUCUUCAUCAUCUUCAUCAUCGAAUACAGAUUCUGUUGUGGAAACAUUUUCACCACCCAGCAAUGGAAUACCUCAAAUCCGAUCUCCCAAAUCUCUCUCCAAUUCGACGAUCUCUCCAUAUCACCACCAUCAUCAUCAGCACAAUCAACAACACCACCACAACAAACUCAUUUCAACUUUAACCAUGAAUUUCAACCCCAAUGCACCUUCAGGAAAUGCAAUCUUACUUUUUGCACAAAAACAAACCCUUUUCGAAUCCAUCAUUUCUAAAAAAAGUUCUAGCUUGCCGGAAUUUACGUCACACAUGCACAGUGACGUUCUGAGCUCAACAACGGUCACCGACUGUGAUGAAUGGAGUGGAAGUGAGAGUGGUUAUAAUGAUUCAUUAUACAUGACUCGAAAUGUGAAUACUGUAAAUAUUCAAGACUUGAUUCAAACGAAGAAGACAAACAUGUUGGACUCAGAUUUCGUCUUGAUUGAACAUUUGAAAAAAGUCAGAACAAGAUAUCAAGCUCUUUCGGAGCGUCUUAUUGAAUCUGAAAGUCUUUACAAUGGAAGUGAUGAGAAUGGAAGAAGAAUUUCUUCACCUUCCAAUUCUCCUCAAAUGUUGUCAGUCACAUCACAACAAUCUCAACCUCAAAUGGUUCAUACAUUAUCACGACCAACUCAUGUACCCUUAGAAUCUUCCUCCUCUUCACAAGCAACAACAAUUACCUCAGGAACGUUGUCAACACUUGAAACAUUUAUGAAAUCUUUCAAUUCAACAUGUCUGGAAUAUUGUCAAGAAGAAUUGAAAUUUCUCUAUACCAUUCUGUCAUCGACAAUUGAAACAACAUCGAAUCAUGAUUCCCCUUCCAUCUCAUUAUCUUUUUCAACACCCUCAAACCCAUCCUCUCAUUCAUCUCAUUUAUCAACAUCCCUUCCAAUUUACAUUUCCUGGAAUUCAUUGAAUAUCGAUGAACUCAAAUGCAGUUGUAAUGUAUUGAAAAAACUCUCAGUUCUUCAACACGAUUUCACAAUCACUGAAAAGAUGUUUCUUGCGCAAAAUUUAGCACUUCCAGAUUGUUUCAAUUACAUGUUAUUAGACAAUCCUGAGAAAUCACUCAUUGAGCAAAAUAAGGCAAUUGGUAAACACAAAAUGAAUUACAGUAUUGACAGUGAUGAAAGCUCACCAGAGACAAUGUUUCCAUCUGAAAAGAAGAAGAAGCUUUUUAAUUGGUUUGGAGGAUCAAAGAAGAAGCAGCAACAAUCAUCUUCGACCGGUCGUGGCAACCCAAUCACUGACAAGUCUACUUAUUUACAAGUAUAUAUUGUCCUGUUGGAAGUUGCAGAUUCUCAUUUAAUUCAAAUUCCACCUGGAUCUGAACAUAAUUUAUUUAGAUCUGCCAUUGCCAUUGGUAACUGGUUAUUAGAAUGGCAUGAAUGUUCUCUCAUUGUACCAUCUCGCAAGAGUCCCCAUGGCACUCGUCUUAAUCAUUGCUAUCAUUACAUUCCUCUUCGUAAAAUUGAAGGAGAGAAUGUAGAGAAAACUCUGAUCAAAGUCUCCAAUUUAUGUUGUCUAUGGAAUGGUAAUUUUGUGUAUGAUUUAAAGAAUUGUAAUCAUCAACAUUUUGUGAGAGAUGUUCUGGAAAUGUUGGAAUCUGAAAACUUGUUUUCACCAUUGCCUGUCACAGCCACUCAAGCUUCUUUUGUACCUCCAUUGCCACCAGUGGGAAUUACAAAUCCAUUGUUGUACAACUCUACUUCGAAUCCAAUCCAAAUUGGAAAUGCACAUCGUGACCAUCAUCACCAUAACACAUCUGAAACGACGACUCCAAUUAGACUUUUUGGAACAAGUGUGGAAAUGCUUUUACAUCGAAUUCAACGAGAUGGUUAUUCCUCACUUGCCUUUUAUAUGAACGAUAAUGUGAAGGAAAUAAUAUAUGGAAAGAAAAAGAAGAACUCAAUCAACAAAACAAGCAAUAGUGUUGUUGGAUCGACAUCUCCAAAACUUUCUGGAGUGGUUGCUUCUCCUCCUCAAUCAUCAUCGACCUCUACUCGUGCUUCUUCUAAAUCGACCUAUUUAACGGCGACCACUGCGACAACGACAGUCGUGUCCACAUCCUCUUCACCUCCAGUUAUGAAUGUAGAAUCUUCUAUUGCUUGUGACAUGUCUUCUCCACAAUUGUCAUAUAUCAACAAGAAUGGUAUAAGUAACGCAAACAUUUUCACUUGGAAUGAAAAAGAUUUUAUUACAAUUAAGGAACAUCGAGAUGUGGAUAAUCUCUUUUUUCAUAUUAAGAACGCUUUUGGUCCAGGCAAUGAUUACUUUAAUAGCUUCGAAGGCCAAUGGGAUCGUUGGUUGUUGCAAUUAUUUGACAGAAGUUUCUGGGUUCGUGUCGCACAAUCCAAAAAACCAGUGGAUAGAAACAGUAAGGAUUAUCCACUGACCAAACAGAAUGCACGAUUGACUCUCGAUAAAGAGUCAUUAGAACAGCUUUGUCAAUCUAAGCACGCCACAGAAAAAGGAAAUGUGCUCGUUCAUUGCAAGGAAGAAAUUAAUUGUCCAUUCAAUCCAGAAGCAUUAUCUACCGUCGAGGUAGAUUUGAUCAGCAAAUUGGCCGAUAGUUCUUCCUUAGGUGAGUAUGAACCUUCACUGCCCUAUCGACGACAUUGGGUUACUCCCAAUACCAAGAUAAAUAACAUUAACAAAUAA